AGCCCAUACACAAGACGCCAUAUUGGAUUUUUGUGUACACUUUCUUCAAGACUAGUCGUCUUUCUCCUUAGCUGUUAGACAUGAUAAGGACAAUACUAUGGUUUGGAGGUGCCGGAUUGUUUGCAUCGUGUUACUCUAAUCUGGUGCGAGGUUAUCCAGCGUUUAGAAAACCCUUGAUGCAUGUAUUCUACACCAGUGCUUUUCUGUGGCUUGGUUAUAAGGCACAUCAGUAUGAAGAAAGAGCCGAGGAAAAUUAUGAAGAGAUGGUUAAAAAGCACAAAAAUGUACCAUGGUGGCCAAGGGCUCAACUUUUAGCAGAGAGAGCUGAAAGGUUAAAAACUGAGAAGGAAGCUGCUCUAGCAGAAAUGGAAGAAGCAACUGCAUAAGAAUGAAGCCACAUUUCUGGGGACCUUUUAGUUAGAACUUGACAUUUCUGAUGGAGACUUCUACACCAAAACCAUUACGUUAAUCUGUUGUAGCUAUCUGUUAAACCUUACAGCCUUUCAGAAUUAAAUGAUCUAACUAACUUUUGCAAUGUAAAUAUAAGAGGUUGGACUUGAAGUUAAUAAAAAUUGUAAUUUCUUUUA